GGUGGGGAAAAGUGGGGAGAGGCAGCAGAAAAGGAGGAAAAUUUGGGACAAAAGUUAAGGAGGGGCGUAAUUCUAAGCAAAAGAUGUGGUGGCCCCAGCACUCCAGUGAGGCUCGAGUUCUUUGCGCGUGGAGCUAUCAUUGCCUCCUCCGGCUCUAACCCUUCUCCCUCCUCCCCUCCAUCUUCUCCUCGUGUUUCUGCCAGGAAGCUCGCCGCUGCUCUCUGGGAAUUCUCUCACUACCUGGCCUCUUCCAGAAUGCACCACCACAAUGGCAAUCUCGGUAAUAUUCCCCACUGGCUGCGCCGCCUCCGGAGGGACAAGGAUGGCGGCGGCGGCGGUGGCGGUGGGGGUGGCGGGUUUGAGCUCUCUCACUUUCUGGCCGAUCCUUCGCCGAGUUCUCCUGAGCAGCCAGAGAGUACAAGCAGUUUAAGGAGGCAUGUCGCAGCAUCCCUCAUGCAACAUCAUCGAUCCAUUGAAAGAAAUAAUCGUGCCAUACAGCCUGUUUCCCGGCAAGUUAUGGAAGUUCGAUGGAGGUAA